AUGGCUCCCACGAUUGCUUCAGGCCCCGCGGGGACCACUGUAACAGUGCCGGGCAAUUCAUCGCUGUGGGACCGCAUCUCCAACUGGGCCUCUGAGAACAAAGGCCUCGUCUAUACCAUUGCUGGUGUCGCCGUAGUGGUCACCGGUGCCGGUGUUGUUUACUAUAUCCGCAAGGGUCCUGAUGAAGAGUCUGUCCCAAAGCCCAGCAAGAAGGAGAGGCGGAAACGGAAACAGGCCGAGAAGGAAGCCGAGAAGGGCGCUGCCGCCGAGAAGCAAGCAGAAACCUCCAAGACCGCCACAGUAGAGACCGCCGAUGAGCUGCCAGAAAUUGACGAGGCCAGUGUCAUCGGCCUAUCCGAAUCCCAACGCAAGGAGUAUGCCGCUAAGCUUAAGGAGGCUGGUAACAAGGCCUACAACCAGAAGGAUUUCAACAAGGCCAUUGAGCUUUACUCGAAAGCCAUCCUUUGCAAGCCAGACCCAGUUUACUACUGCAACCGCGCUGCCUGCCACAACGCCCUGAGCGAAUGGGAAAAGGUUGUUGAGGACACCACCGCCGCUCUUGCCUUCGACAAUGAGUACAUCAAGGCCCUCAACCGCCGCUCGAAUGCUUACGACCACCUCGGCAAGUACAGCGAAGCUCUCCUCGACAUCACCGCCAGCUGUAUCAUCGAUGGUUUCAGGAACGAGCAGAGUGCGCAGGCCGUCGAGCGUCUUCUGAAGAAGUUUGCCGAGACCAAGGCGAAGGAAAUCCUCGAAACCAAGCCCGCCAGACUGCCCAGCGCGACCUUUGUGGGCAACUAUCUUCAAAGCUUCAGGGCCAAGCCAAGGCCAGCGGGGUUGGAGGAUGACGCCGAAUUGGACGAGGAGACUGGAAAGGGCCAGCUGCAAAAGGGUCUGAAGGCGAUGGAAAGCAAGAUUGCGCCAUCGUACGAGGAGGCUGCCGAGGCUUUCGAGAAGGCUCUGACUCUGGGAGACCUCGGUGAAUACGAGGCUUACGCUCACAACCUUCGCGGUACAUUCCAAUGCCUCAAAGGCAAGCAUCAGGAGGCUUUGGCCGAUCUGUCCAAGAGUAUCGAGCUUGAUCCCGGGCUCACCCAGAGUUAUAUCAAGCGGGCCAGCAUGAAUCUGGAGCUCGGUGCCCCAGACAAGGCUGAGGAGGAUUUCGAAGCCGCCCUCGCCAAGAACCCAGAAGACCCGGAUAUUUACUACCACCGCGCCCAGCUUCAUUUCAUCAAGGGCGAGUUCGCCGAUGCGCAGAAGGAUUACCAAAAGUCGAUCGAUUUGGACCCCGAUUUCAUCUUCUCUCACAUCCAACUCGGUGUGACCCAGUACAAGCUCGGUUCCAUCGCUUCAUCCAUGGCGACCUUCAGGCGGUGCAUCAAGAACUUCCCCAAGAUCCCAGACGUCUACAACUACUAUGGUGAACUUCUUCUGGACCAGACCAAGUUCAGCGAAGCUAUCGAGAAAUUCGACACUGCCAUUGAGCUGGAAAAGGAGACCAAGCCCAUGUCGAUGAAUGUGCUGCCUUUGAUCAACAAGUCUCUUGCCCUCUUCCAAUGGAAGCAGGACUUCAGCGAGGCUGAGAAGCUCUGCGAGAAGGCCCUCAUCAUUGACCCCGAGUGCGAUAUCGCCGUUGCCACCAUGGCACAAUUGCUUCUCCAACAGGGCCGCGUGACCGAGGCCCUCAAGUACUUUGAGCGUGCUGCUGAACUUGCCAGAACAGAGGGAGAGCUUGUCAGCGCCAUCUCAUAUGCCGAGGCCACGAGAACCCAGAUCCAAGUGCAGGAGAAGUAUCCCGACUUGGCUAGCAAGCUGUCGGGCAUGGGCGGCGGUGUGGUCCGAUAG